AUGUCGGGCCUACGUGCCGCUGCCCGCUAUGCUUUAAACGCAUCCCAGCGCUCACUGCGCCCGUCGGAGUCUGCAGCACACCGUGCCUUCAUGUCGACUCGCGCAUCCGAUACCCUUUUUCAGACGCCGUCUUUCUCUAUGCCGGAAGACUUCUCGCUCAAGUACCCGCGUGCAGACCCGUCACACAUGUGGAAAGUAGGGUCGUUUCCCUUACAGAUAAAGCCCAAUGAAUAUGAAGAAGGUGUUCUUAUCUGCUCGGAGGAUUUGUGGGAUACGUCUGGCAUGCUCAGCUCUCUGUACGAUAAUCUUCCGUUGCGUGAAGCCAUCAACGAGGAUGUAGACUUUCUCUUACGUCAAAUGGACGGCUACCUUGCAGACAGUGUGCUUAAGAAACGGCGAAAGAAAAUGAGCAAGCACAAACAUCGUAAGCGCAGGAAAGCGCUGCAGUUUGAUCGUGAUAAAACAGCGUCUUUUCGCAAUGCUGAAGAAACUAGCGUCGCCAAGGAAGCAACCUACGCCUGCUUUAAUGCACCAGAUGUUACUAAUUUAGCGAGGAUAUCAGAAGAAAAUUCAAAGCCCAAGGGAAGUGAAGCCAAAAUAAAGAAUAAAAAGAAUGCUGCUAUAACAAAAGCGACAGCUGAAGGUACUGGAAACGAGGCACACGUAGCUGACAAUGCUUUCAAAGCGCCGUCCACAUCGCCUGAGAAGAUGAUUACAAGCAAACAAAAGCAAGAAGCACUUUUAGAAUCCGAUAAUGAAGACAAAAAGAAGGCUUCUUCAAUUUUAACGAAAAAACAGAAGAAAUUUUCGAAGGCCAGAUUGAAACGCAAGCUUGACGACCAAAUUCAAGAGGUCAUAACUUACGACAAAAACAUAGAAAAGGAACCGCUCACGCUAUCAAAUAGUGAUAUCAAAGCCGAGCCGACAAUGCGUGACUUUCAGUGGAAAAUUCCCGAUUUAAAAUUGUCAGACAAUCUCGAAGCAUUGAGGAGCCAAAACAAGCGCAUUGAGUCAUUUUACGAGGAGAAAACAUUGGAGCCAAAACAGGAAUCGUCUUCGUCCACUAAUGUUAACAAUGUUAAUAAUGCUCAUUUUCCAUCACGUGUUCGAUCUGAAAAAGGCAGAAGUGAUAAGGCCUUAUUGACACCCGGUGGCACCGGCAGUAGUGAUAGUGACCAAGAAAGUCAACUUAAUGUGUUGUCACCCUUGCGUCGACACAAAGCAGAGUUCGACAAAAACUACCCAGCUUCAGAUGAUCCAUUUAGCACGGACCGACACCAACAAAGAAUUGCGCAACUCGAUGUACCCCCCGCUUACCAGCCUGAAGUGCAUUUAAUUGGUGAAAUUGUCAGCGGCCACGGAUUUGGGACUGAUGGGGGCAUAACUUGUAAGUGGCGGAUCGAGUAUGGUGGUAGGUGGAUCCACAUUGCUGGAGACCAAUUUGGCCAAACGCAAUUGGACUACCCGUCAAUAGCACCAUGGUCAGCUGAUUCAAAUGUAGUUGUGUGGUCUCACCCGAUUGACUUGCACUUUGCGACAUCGGCGUUUCAAGGAUGGCCUAAGUUGCUUUUCCAAGUGUGGCGAGCAGACUCAAGCAUGGAGUUGCAUGUGGCUGGGUACGGUUUCGUGUCAGUGCCAUUUGCUGCCGGUCAGCACAAAUUAUUCUUGGAUACACCCCCGAACUUAAAAGCGACGACGUAA